AUGGCUGGCAUCUUCGAGGGCCCGCGCAGCGGUGGUACAUUGUUUCUUGGUGGUCAGAAGAUUAGUGGCCAGGAUAUUCGAGACCAGAAUGUCCUCGCAACGCAGGCAAUUGCAAAUGUGGUCAAAUCCUCGUUUGGCCCCUCAGGUCUGGACAAGAUGAUGGUAGACGAUAUUGGGGACGUCACGGUCACCAAUGACGGCGCAACGAUCCUCAGUUUGCUCGACGUUGAGCACCCGGCCGGGAAAAUUCUGGUCGAUUUGGCUCAACAGCAAGACAAAGAGGUGGGAGAUGGCACCACAUCCGUCGUGCUCCUUGCGGCCGAACUCCUUCGACGAGCGAACGAUCUCAUGAAGAACCAAAUCAGCCCUGCCGUCAUCAUUACCGGUUACCGCCUGGCACUGCGAGAGGCGGUCAAAUACAUGCAGGAAAACAUCAGCACAAAAGUAGAAACCCUUGGAAGGGAAAGCCUGGUAAACAUCGCCAAGACGUCAAUGUCAAGUAAAAUAAUUGGCGCCGAUGCGGACUUCUUUGGCAAUAUGGUGGUAGAUGCAAUGCUGGCGGUCAAGUCGAUCAAUCCACAGAAAAACGAAGUCAAGUAUCCGGUCAAAGCCGUCAAUAUCCUGAAAGCACACGGCAAGAGUGCGACAGAAUCAAUACUGGUCAAGGGCUAUGCAUUGAACUGCACAGUCGCAUCCCAAGCCAUGAAAACCAGAAUUACAGACGCAAAGAUUGCUUGCCUUGACAUGAACCUACAAAAAGAACGGAUGAAGCUCGGGGUGCAAAUCACCGUCGAAGACCCCCAACAACUGGAAAAGAUACGAGAAAGAGAAGCCGGCAUCGUCCUCGAAAGAGUGGAAAUGAUCCUGAAGGCUGGGGCAAACGUGGUGCUAACCACAAAAGGUAUUGAUGACCUAGUUCUCAAGUUGUUCGUGGAACAUGGCUGCAUGGCUGUGCGGAGGUGUAAGAAAGAAGACCUGAGACGGAUAGCAAAGGCGACUGGGGCGACUCUCGUCAGCACUCUAUCUGAUCUGAAUGGCGACGAGAGAUACGAGAAAGAAUUGCUAGGGUAUGCGGAGGAAGUGGUUCAAGAACGCAUAUCGGACGAUGAGUGCAUUCUUGUGAAAGGGACCAAAGCUUUUUCGUCGGCAUCCAUCAUCCUCCGGGGAUCUAACGACUAUCAACUUGACGAGAUGGAACGAUCUGUUCACGAUUCGCUGUCCGCGGUCAAACGAACACUAGAGUCUGGUAGUAUCGUACCCGGAGGUGGUGCCGUGGAGACGGCCUUACACAUUUACCUCGAAGAAUUUGCUAUGACCGUUUCGUCGCGAGAACAGCUGGCAAUCGGGGAAUUUUCGCAAUCCCUUCUGAUUGUUCCGAAGACCUUGGCCGUCAAUGCGGCAAAGGAUGCUUCAGAGCUUGUCGCUCAGCUACGCGUGCGCCAUGCGUUAAGCCAGAGAGUCCAAGAAGGGGACGCCAACGAGAGGGAAAGGGACAUUGCCAAAAAGCGACAGUACAAGAAUUACGGUUUAGAUCUGAUGCGGGGCAAGGUUGUCGAUGUCGUCAAGAUGGGUGUCUUGGAGCCCAGCAUGAGCAAGGUGAAGCAGCUCAAGAGCGCCGUGGAAGCAUGCAUUAGUAUCAUCAGGAUUGAUACCCUGAUCAUACUCGACGCUCCUGAGCCACGCGGAGAAGACGAUGGUCAUGGGCAUUGA